AUGUCGAAGCUCCCUCGCAACUCUGGGAUCCCCUUCAUCGUGGCCGGAUCCAGUCCGAUGGCUGCGCCGCCCGGUUCCAACCGUCCAAUCCCAUUCAACAUGGCUGGUUCCGGACGGUCGGCGGCCGUUCAGCAUCCGACUGGGGUCAAUCCUCCCUCCCUCGUGUCACCAUCCGCCGCCUCAAACAACCAGGCAGGUGCCACGACCCGUACUCAGGGCCCCCCGCACGGGACUACACCCCUGACGAGCCCCGCCACAGCUCACUCUCAAUCGUACGGCCAGGCCACAGGCCGUACCUCUUUUCAACAAACCCCCAACGAGGACCUCCCCAUGGACAUGGACUCAAAUGACGCUCCCUCAAAUGACCGGCGUAUGGAUACCCAGAUCCGCGCCCACAAUGGUCAAGUAGGGACAUUUGCUGGACCCAGCCAUGCCUCGUCAACCCCAUCUCAGUCCGCGGCUCAACCAAAGUUUGGCGUUCCUUCGAUGGGUCCCCCCCCUCGCCUGAACGCGGAGUCUCUUCAAUCUCUCGGUUCGACCCCGUCUGCUCGUCAAAAGGUGGACACGUGGGCCACCGGGUUCUCCGCCGAGAUGGCCUUCGCCAAGAGGGACGCUGAUACCGUGAUGCGUGGAACAUCCCUUCCACCUCCAAACUCCGAAGCCCCAGGAAUGGAGGAAUGGACAGUAAUGGAUACCAACGAUGAGAUGGGGAGUAUUGGGGCCCCUACAACGGAAGCAACCCCCGACUACACCGGCCCAAACCAAGUAUCACACAUCGAUGGUUUGGACGCGAUAACAAACACCCUGUCAAAUUUAGGCUUGAAUGAGGACGACCAAGACGAGAACCGCAUCAUGAUCAACAAGGUCCCACUUCGACUGACCUUGGAGUUGCGCGUUAGAAAGUCUCGUCCCACCACAGGUAGGUUGCUCUCUAAGGCGUCGGGAUGGGUCACCAAACCUCCUAAGAGAGUAGCCAACCGACAGAUCUUGCGGGGGGAAAUCCGGGGAAGAGGCAGCUUCGAGUCCGCCAGCUCCUUGUGA